AUGAAAUGGUUGGAUGAGAUGGAGACAGUAGUUGAUAUCAGUGGGUGUGCCAAGGAGGACAUUGUAAAGUUUGUGUCACAGUCCUUCAAAGGCGACGCCCUGGCAUGGUGGAAAGCCUUAGUGCAAUCCACAGGGAAGAUUCCCCUAUAUAACCUUUCUUGGGCUGAAUUUGUUGAGCUUAUAAAAGACACUUACUGCCCACAACAUGAAGUGGAAAAGGUAGAGACUGAUUUCCUCACAUUGGUCAUGAAAGAUCUAGAUUGUAGAUCUUAUGUUACUAGUUUUAACUCGAUGUCUCGACUCGUCCCGUAUUUGGUCACUCCAGAGCCAAAACGCAUUGCGCGUUUUAUUGGUGGUUUAGCCCCUGAAAUCAAGGGGAAUGUUAAGGCUUCUAAGCCUACUUCUUAUAGAUCAGUUGUGGAUCUUUCACUGUCUCUAACCCUUGAUGCAAUAAGAAGUAAGUCAAGGAGGAUCACUGAGGACGGGAAGAGAAAGCGAGAAGAUGAUCAAUCCCAUCCGUCGAAUAAAAAGAAGAAGGGUAGUUCUAGGUUUAAGAAAAGUCAGUUUAGUGACAAACCCAGGUGCAAGGUUUGUGAUAAGAGGCACUUUGGGAAGUGCAAUCAGGAUCCACAAGCUAAGCCUUGUGGAAUUUACAAAAAGAAAGGGCACAAAACUCUGGAGUGCCGAAACUUGAAGGAUGCAAGCUGCUAUGGUUGUAAUGAAAAAGGGCACAUUAAGACUAAUUGCCCUAGGAAUACCAAGAAACCUGAUGAGGCAAAGAAAACCAAUGCUAGGGUCUUUCAGAUGAACACCAGGGAGGCGGUGAAUGAUGACAAGGUUAUAACAGAUCUAAAUCUUCCGUUAUCAUCCAAAUUCCAUCCUCAAGCAUCCAACAACUCGUCACAGAAUAACAAGUGGAAGCUUGCAAAACUGUGA